AUACUCAAGUUAUGAAAGGCAAACUGGUUAAUAAAGGACCUUGUCCUGUAAAAUUUUAUCAUGUAGCAUCUAAAGAUUUAACCCAAUGUCCAUUUAUUGCAAUAAUUUCCAUUGGUGUUCAUAACCAUCCGCCUCCAUCUCCAACUAAAACUCCACAUAAUAUAAUCGAAAAUUUACAAAAAAUCAUUGUGAAUGAACACGAUUUGAGUCUUACUACACGAAAGCUUCUUACAA